UCUUUUGCGACAAUGACAGAGACCGGUUUACGGCAUUUGCGCCAUGCUUACAAACCAUGGCACGAAUCUUGUGCUCUUUAAACACGCUUUCGAUAUCAACGGUUUUGAAAAGGAGAAUUUCGUGGUAUGUCCAUGUCACGGAGGGACAUCGUUCAGAGGGAGGACGGGAAGACCGACGAUGUCAAAAACAUUUGACAAGGAAAACGGCAUCAAAAAUCCAUGGAAUUGGCGAUGGCUGGAGUUUAAAGUCGGUAGUGAAUGAGCACAUACGGAAGAUAAAAGAACCGGGGAAAGCUUACUGCAUCUUGUGCCAUCAGGAUGUGAAGUACGGUUCUGGUGGAAGAACACGUUUGGUUGACCAUGUUAAAGGAAAAAAACAUGCGGAAUUGGUGAAAUUGAAGCUGUCGAACUAUAGAUUACCAGGUGCCGGUGCUGGUGUGUGCUGAAGGAUUCCAGGCGUUCUUGCACACACACUGCCCUGUUGUGUUGGAACGGUUUUGCCCAACGCCUUGGUGCUGGGGGGGCCGAAUGCAGACGCUUGUGCGUGUCUUCAUCAAGUCCUGUCCUUCUGUCACGUAUCGCAACGAGAUGAUCAGGACAGGCGAUGGAGGUCAGCUCUGUCUAGACUGGGCAGAUAACUCAGAUAGCGCAAACUACUCACGGUCCUCUCGGCCGACGGUGCUAAUCCUGCCCGGGCUGACGGGAAACAGCCAGCAGACGUAUGUCCUGCACAUGGUCCACCAAGCCAUACGACACGGAUACAGGUGUGUGGUGAUGAAUAACCGAGGUUUUGGAGGAGAAGAGUUGCUGACUCCUCUGACGUUCUGUGCUGCGAAUACUCAAGACGUGGAGACGGUUGUCAAUCAUGUGAAAGAGCUCCACCCACAGGCCCCUCUUAUUGGAGCUGGGGUGUCUCUUGGGGGGAUGUUGUUGCUUAAUUAUUUGGCGCGAAAAGGACGAGACUCGAAGAUGAUCGCGGGUGUCACCCUGUCUGUGAGCUGGAACUCAUUCGAAUCCUCCAAAUCCCUGGAGCAACCGAUCAACAAGCUGCUUUUCAAUCGCCACCUCACAAGUAACCUGUGCCACGCAAUCAAAAGACACAGAAAGAUCCUGGAGAAGGUGAUCAACAUAGACCACGUGCUAAAGGCACGCACGAUUCGGGAGUUUGACGAGCGCUUCACGUCUGUGCUGUUUGGCUACAAGUCGUGCACUGAUUAUUACCAGGAUGCCAGUCCGGGUUACAAACUGCCCCAGAUGGCUGUCCCUAUCCUGUGCCUCAACGCCGCUGACGAUCCCUUCUCCCCAAAACAUGCUUUCCCGGUAUCUCUGGCUCAGCGCUUACCAAACGUCGCUCUCUUGGUGACAUCACACGGAGGGCACAUUGGCUUCCUUGAAGGGCUUUUCCCGCACGGUGAAGGCUACAUGGAUCGAGUGUUCAGUCAGUUCAUCCGAGCCGCUUUCGAGCACCAGGAGGACCUGAAGGAGGCCUGCAGCAGCAGCGGCAGCUCAGAUUAAAACCUUCCUCUAGUAUUAGGGUCGGCACCGACCCGUUUUUAGGUUUAGCAUGCAUAAAAGUACUACAUAAAUUUGUUUAUUGCAUCAAGACUUUUUGACUUCUAUUUAAACAAAAUAAAAUUCAAAAAAAUAAUUUUACUAAAUUAUAAAAUGCUCUGGUAAAAAUUGUGACCUUUGUGUUGUUAGGGUCAAUUUCGACUCAGUUAAAAUAUAAGAUUAUAAAACAAUAAUAAAUGCCAAAACUGAAAUCAUAAACACACAAUCAGCCUACAGCCAGCUCUUCCUCCAACCACUUGAGCUUCAGUCAGGGGCUUUUCUCUUUGCCUGUUUAGCCUAGGUCACAACCGGACGUACGAUUUUUUGGCCGUGCGAUUUUUGGCGUUUCCCAAAUUGCUGCGUUUUUUUUGUUUGUGGAGAAAGAUGCACGUUGGCCAUAAGUUUGUCUUGCAACCUGAAAAAAACGUAAGCGCCCGUAGAGUUUGUUUGACAUGACAAAGAACCUCUGCGGCCAGUCUACGGCUCGAAAAUCAGCACGUCACACACGCGCCCUCCGUGCGUUUCUUGCGUUUUUUCACGUAGACCGGCCGUAGGAGCACGUACGGCCGGUUGUGACCGAGGCUUUUGACAGAACAAACAAAGACAGACAUGUCCAGGCAUGUAAGGCCAAUUGAGUUUAGAGUUGGUGACUUGCAGAGUACACAUCUCCAAUUUACAGCAUGCAACAUUGAGAAGAGGACUGAAUAUAAGCCAAGCUCUGGAUCAUAUCUUUGCUGAUAAUGAGGCAGAGGACACAGAGCAAUAUAGCGAUGGAGAUGAGCAGGUCUCUGAGGAGGACGAUGAUGUGGCGUAUCAACCGGAAGACACGGACACAUCUGAUCAGUCUGAUGAGGAGGUCACCUGCUGAAACAUUCAGAUCCAAAAGUGGCAACAUCUGUUGGAGCUCAGUACCUCCUGACGUACAUGGCAGGACAGCUGCUGCAAAUGUCAUCAAAAUGACCCCUGGGAUCACAAGGUUUGCUGUGACGAGAGUAAGUGACAUCAGGUCAUGUUUUGAUCUGUUUAUGCCAUCGUCACAUGAGGCCACUGAUAGUCUCUGGGACGCAUUGACAGGCAGGAAUAAAAAAGACUUGUUUUUUGCCCUUUUCUUGAAGUAAAUAUAUAUGGGUCGAAAUUGACCCGAAACACCAUAGAUGUUACUAUAGUUGAUAAUAUUAAAAUUAAAAUCUUUUUUUUUUUUUUGAACAUUUAAGAGAUGUGAUCUAAUACCCCUCAGUAAUAGUCAGGUAACAGAACAACCUUUUAUUUGUUUACAUUAUUCUCUUGAGGUUCAUUUGACCACUUUUUUAUAUUGAAAACGAGGGGUAUGCUGUUAAAAGAAAGGCCCAGGGGGCCACAACAAAAAUAUUAAAACCAAUCUUUUCCUGGAUAAGGGAGCCUAACAAGGUAACCAAGAGGUAAGAAACAAAUUGGAUGAUAAAUAAUUGUUUUUAGGGUAUUUUAUGGCUGAUUUAAGACACGGGUCAAAACCGACCCGUUAACAUAAGAGAUAGUAACAGAAAGCUAACACCAGAGGAAGGUUUUAACCGCUACACAUAGGAUCCAAUACAUUAACCACCGACACACCUCUCUGUCAUAGAUUACAGGUAUCAAAACUUCCUUUCAUCGCCGAUUAGAAGGAAGUUUCACUGAAAGACAACUUUACGCUUGAAAUUCUUUACAGCGUGCCAUGAAGUGCUCUUAAAAAUCCUGAAAUAAUUUUUUCUUUAUGAUCCAGUUUGUAGGGCGGCACGGUGGUGUAGUGGUUAGCGCUGUCGCCUCACAGCAAGAAGGUCCGGGUUCGAGCCCCGUGGCCGGCGAGGGCCUUUCUGUGUGGGGUUUGCAUGUUCUCCCCGUGUCCGUGUGGGUUUCCUCCGGGUGCUCCGGUUUCCCCCACAGUCCAAAGACAUGCAGGUUAGGGUAACUGGUGACUCUAAAUUGACCGUAGGUGUGAAUGUGAGUGUGAAUGGUUGUCUGUGUCUAUGUGUCGGCCCUGUGAUGACCUGGCUACUUGUCCAGGGUGUACCCCGCCUUUCGCCCGUAGUCAGCUGGGAUAGGCUCCAGCUUGCCUGCAACCCUGUAGAACAGGAUAAAGCGGCUAGAGAUAAUGAGAUGAGAAAUGUACACUUUUUUCUUUAUGAUCCAGUUCGUAGGGCGGCACGGUGGUGUAGUGGUUAGCGCUGUCGCCUCACAGCAAGAAGGUCCGGGUUUGAGCCCCGUGGCCGGCGAGGGCCUUUCUGUGUGGAGUUUGCAUGUUGUCCGUGUGGGUUUCCUCCGGGUGCUCCGGUUUCCCCCACAGUCCAAAGACAUGCAGGUUAGGUUAACUGGUGACUCUAAAUUGACCGUAGGUGUGAAUGUGAGUGUGAAUGGUUGUCUGUGUCUAUGUUUCAGCCCUGUGAUGACCUGGCUACUUGUCCAGGGUGUACCCCGCCUUUCGCCCGUAGUCAGCUGGGAUAGGCUCCAGCUUGCCUGCAACCCUGUAGAACAGGAUAAAGCGGCUAGAGAUAAUGAGAUGAGAUGAGAAACGUACACUUUUUUUAAAAAAUUUACCUCAGAUGUCUAAUAUUUGCUUUUUUUUUCGUACAUUAGGGGUUACUCAACAAUGCAUUUUUACCAGUUGGUUUUCAUUGAUAAUGUCAACAAACAUGUCAAACCACACUUCAGUUAACAGCCAUUCUUUUCACAGUCCGGUCCAGUCCAUCCAUGCCUGAGUUUGUGGGACUUCCGUGCCGGCUCCAGGCCGGAUCUGGAACAGGAAUUCAUUCCUGCCUUGCUGAAGGCCACUUUCCUGAAGCGGCACUCCCACACUUGUUACCACUCCUCUCCCAUCAGCCAGGGCCUUUUUAAGAACUGUUUGGAGCUACUCCAGUUGACAGACUGUCUCUAGUAGACUUUCCUCGCCUCGCUACAACCCAUUGGUAUUGUGUCUUCUUGAUUCCCCCUGCCUGAAUUGUUCCUUGUUUUUUGUCUAGUUUUCUGUCCAGUUUUUUUGCCCCUGUUUUACCUGCCUGUUCUUUUGGAUUGUGUUUUUGCUUCCUCUGCCUGGAUUUCCCUUGUCCCUUUGUUCUUCGGUUUUUGUGAAGAUUUUUCUGUCCUGUUUUUGUCCCUGACUGUGCCUACCUGCUCCUCUGUGUAUUUGACCUCUUGGCCCGUUCUUUGACCACUGAUUUUAGCCUGGGCCCUACUGUACCUCUGCCCUGUACUCCAUUAAAGAAGUUUUUCUCUGUA